ACCGUUUCAAAAUGGCGACGUACACAAACGUAACAGACGAACGAGUAUUAUUUAGCCUAAAAGUGAUCAUUUUAUACGAGUGUCAACAUCAAUGAGGGUAGAAAUGGUGAAAUACUCUGGAUUUAAUCAAGACAAAAAAUCUUCAACAAAUGGACUCAUGAAUAGCAACUACCAAUAAGAUAGACUAAUGUCAAAUCCUUCCAGAUUUUUAUGUAGAACUUUCUAAGAUCAUCUUUAUGAAGUGGAAUUGAAAAAGUGAAGUUGUCUUUAAAAAAUGGAAUAAUAUAAAAUUCCACAGAAUUUGGAUGCAUAAUUUCGUAGGAAUACCAUUUCGAUCCUGAUGCCCAAAUAAUGCUGCUUAUCAUGGGAAACUCAGCUGAUUUAUAUAUUGAAAUGAAUUGAAUGAAUUUCUUAAUUCAUUGGAUUUUAAGGCAAUGAGCAAAAGGAUUAGGCACUGCUGGUCUCUUACUCCAAUAUGGAAGAAGAUUUGGACGUUUCUCUUUCCAGUUUGUGCUAUCACCAUUAUUGUAUACAUGGUUGGCUUCAAUUAUUUUACUUCCUCAAGGAUGUUUGAUUUCAAAGAAAGACAGAACAGGGAAGAUGUAAGUGAGAAUUAUAGAUUUGAACCGCCAGGUGAUACAAACUUUACAACAGAACACACACACACUCAAAAGCAAUCUUUGAUCAUCAAUAAUAUGGAGAAUACUGAGGCCUUCCGAAAUUCACACAUCAUGAUAAGUACAGGUGUUGGGCGAUUAGGAAAUCGGAUGUUUGAAUUUGCAUCCCUUUUAGGAACUGCCAAACGUCAUAAUUAUAAACCCAUGAUUUUACGUAGAAAUACAUUAUUGCAGGUUUUUGAUAUUUCUCAGGUGACUGAUUCAGAACCUUCAAACUUAAAAGGUGUUGGAGAAAGGGGAGCCGGGGUAUAUGACAAGUCGCUAGAAAAUUUAAGUCAUGACAAAAACUAUUCAUUAGGUGGAUUUUAUCAAAGCUGGAAAUACUUUGAUUUCAUGAAAGAUGAAGUGAAGAAAUCCUUCAAGUUUAAAUCGGGAUUUGUGGAUAAAGUUCGACAACUGCGGGCUUCGCUGAAAAUUGGUGAUAAAAUUACAGUGGGUGUACAUGUACGUCGCGGUGACAUGGGAAGCAAACGGGAACUCUCCAGAGGCUACAAUGUCGCCACGAAGGAGUAUUUCAACAAAGCAUUCCAAUACUUUCGGAGUAAAUUUAAAAACUUGAUAUUUCUUGUUGUAAGUGCUGAAAUGGCUUGGUGUAAAAGCAAUAUGAAAGGUGAUGAUAUUAAAUUCGUAACUACAGGUAGUGCAGGUGGUGAUAUGGCUCUACUCGCUCAUUGUAACCAUAGUAUCGUGUCCACGGGGAGUUUUGGUUGGUGGGGGGCCUACCUCACCGGAGGAGAAGUAGUGUAUUAUAAGAAUUUCCCAUCCAAUGGCAGUUGGUUGUUAAAGCAGUAUAACAAGACCGAUUAUUAUCCCUUGAAAUGGAUUGGAAUGGAAUGAUUUCUGCUGAUUUUAACACUAAGAUAUGUUUAUUUGUUUAUCCACUAUUUAUGUUUCUGUAUAUUUUUUAAAGGCUUUUUGGUAUUAACUACAUGUAUAUGUGGAAAGUAUAUUUAUGGUUAUCUAUUUAUUUAUUUACAUGUUAUUUGUUAAUGAUUUUUUCCUUGUAAAACCUAUGGAUAUACGAAAGAGAAAACCGAAGAAGAACAUACAUGUAUAACAUGUGUAAAUUACAUAAAGUCCCAUGAACUUUGCUGUUUUGCAGUUAAUUCAUCCAGGUUUAGACAAGUGUUAGUGAUUGUAUUAAUAGAAAAAAAUGACAUACCAUAUUAUCCCUAUUCACUGCCCCAGACACCUAGAAAACUUGCAAGAAAG